AUGGAUCGGGUCGGCUCUGCUCACUCUAUUGACAUGCUGCUGGGCGAGCUCGAUGACGACGACGGGCUGGCCGAGCUGGAGCAGGAGCUGGGGUUGAACGACGACGCGGGCGGGUCGGGCGAGUACCCCAUGACCGUACUGCACUCCCACUCGGCCGGCGGUGGUGGGUUCGCGCCGCCAACACGAGGCUCGGGCGGCUUCUCCAGCUUCCUGUCGUCAUCGCCCACGACGGCGUCCUCCUCUUCAUCAUCGCUUUCAUUCGGCCGCGGCGACGGCAGUGGCGUCGGCGGCGGCGAUGCCGAGCGGGGCGAGCUGGCCAUCGUGCAGCACUACAAGUCAAAGUUCAGCAACGACGCCCUCAAAGCCCAGGACGCGGCUGACAACACGAUCAAGGCCGUCUUCAUCAUCAAGUUUGAUGUCAAUGAGGGCAACGUGAUCGCGUGGCAGUACCCGAAGGACAUCGAUCUGUCGGGAAUCGAAUUCAAGGCCAUGGCCAGCGGUUCCCAUAACGUCGAUUCCGACAUUGUAUAUUUCAAGGUGGGCGACCUCUACGGCGUGUCGUGCUACGAGAAGCGGCUCAUGCGCGGUAAUGUCGAGCUCCGAGGCGUGCUCAUGAGCGCCGUCGGCUUGCUCAGCACCAACUACCACAACCACCACCACCACAUCUCCUUUCUCUCCGACCAGGUCCAUGGGGUCAACCACGUGCCAGCGUUUGAUCACGAGCUGCUCGUGGAGUACUUCCACAGCUCGCACCAGGUGUUGGACAACCAGACGUCCACGUCAUCAUCGUCGUCGUCUUCUUCUUCUUCAUCACCACCGUCGCCUUUGCCCUCGUCGCCGCUCGUGUCGCGCAUCCCGCACGGCUACUUCAUCUCCUUCCUGCGCCACUUUGGGCCGCACGUCUUCUCGAUCUGGAAGAGCGUGCUGCUGCGCCAACGCAUCCUCUUCUACGCGCCGCCGCCGGUGCGCGCCACCUGCGCCCACGUCUACUGCGCCAACAUGCUGGCCUACACCCGCGUGCGGCAGUUCCGGUGGGACGCCAACCCGCUGUUCUACGUCAACAUCAACGACAUGAAGGUUCUCCACGAGCAGGAGACCUUCAUCGCGGCCACCACGGAGGCCAUCUUCCAGAAGAAGUUCAACAUCUACGACGUCUACGUGGCCAAGUACAACUUCCACAUGCCCACCAAGGAGGCCGAGCUGCCGCUCCGGGUGACCGACGGCGAUCGGUCGCGCUACCGAUACCUCCUCGAGAUCGUGUCGACCUAUCUCGACACCUACAAAGCCGAACAACAUCUCAUCAAGUUCUUUCUGGGGCUCAACAAUCGGCUGUUCGAGGGCCUGCUGCGGGCACACCAGGAGGGCGAGGUGGUGCAGGCGUCGGACCUCCCCGAACGCUUCGGCCUCCACUCGAGCGACCUCACCUUCUUCUCGGCGCUCGCGGGCACGCUCAACCUCAACUUCCCCGUGGCCCCGCCCAAGAGCUGCCUUUUGGUGAAAAACAAGAAGGAGCGUUGCUCUGCGGGGAGGAUCGGGGUCAAGUUCAAAAAUGGGGGCUGGGCCGAAAAAGGAGAGUUCUAUCCAUAUUUGGGCAACGCCGCCAAUGUCAAGUACCCCCUUCCCGAGGCCUCCUCUGAGCGUAGAGAGAGGAGAUAG